CAAGAGUGGUUGUCCAGUUUACAAGGUGAUGGAGAGGACAUGGGAAGAGGGAAACCAAAGUUCCUUUGGGGACUUCAUCCUGGUUGGAGUCUCUGACCGACCGCAGUUGGAGAUGCUGCUCUUUGGGCUUGUCUUUGUCUUCUAUACCGUGACAUUGCUGGGCAACACGACCAUCAUUGUGGUCUCAUGGCUGGACCCCCAACUCCACACGCCCAUGUAUUUCUUCCUCAGCAACCUCUCCUUUCUGGACAUCUGCUACACCACCAGCAUGGGGCCCCAGGUCCUGGUGUCCUUUGGCAGCACCCACAAAUCCAUCUCCUUUCUCGGCUGUGUGGCUCAAGUUUUCAUCUUACUCUCAUUAGGUGGCACUGAGUGCCUCCUGCUGGCUGUCAUGGCCUAUGACCGCUAUGCUGCUGUCUGUCUGCCACUGCACUACACAGCCUUCAUGCAUCGCCGCCUCUGCCUUCAGUUGGCAGCCACCGCCUGGCUGUGCGGCUUUGGGAACUCCCUCCUGCAGACCAGCCUGACGCUGUGCCUGCCCCGGUGCGGGCGGAACCGCAUAGAGCACUUCAUGUGCGAGCUGCCAGCCCUGCUCAAGCUGGCCUGCACUGACACCACGCUCAAUGAGGCCGAGAUGCUGGCCAGCGCUGUGCUCUUCCUGCUGGUCCCCCUCAGCCUCAUCCUGGUCUCCUAUGGCCACAUCAGCGUCGCCGUGCUGAGGAUGCGCUCGGCCCGGGGCCGGCUCAAGGCCUUGAACACUUGUGCUUCUCACCUGGUGGUGGUGACCCUCUUCUACGGCACGGCCAUUUCCAUGUACCUCCAACCGCCCUCCAGCUACUCCCAGGACCGUGGCAAGAUGGUCUCCCUCUUCUACACCCUGGUCACCCCCAUGCUCAACCCUCUGAUCUACACACUGAGGAACAAGGAAGUUCACGGAGCCCUGCGGAGGAUCCUGGGCAGGAACCCAGCUGCCCAGGGCCCCUGAGCUGGGUCGAGCGAUGGGUGAGGAGCCACGUGUGACUUCUGUAAGCCUCCUUUCUGGCCCAUGGGAGCUUUCUGCCCUCUCCCCAUCCACGCAGACCCUUUAUCUCAGGAGCAGGCAACUUGCAGCCAACGGGCCACAGCCUGAGACCCAUGCACCACAUGUGGCCCCACAAGGUUCUAUGACUGGCUAUGAAAUCUGGCAGCUCACCAAGGUGAAGGAGGGCCGCUCCCCUGGGUUGCCCAGCGCUGUUUAAUCCCCUCCCACUCCACGCCACAAAUCUGCCCGGAUCCAUCCCACCACCUGCCUUCCCUCUGCUACCUCCACAACUCUCCUGCUGCCCCACAGAUUGAGCCUGCCAUGAGCCACCCCCAAGCUUCUGGCCCUUUCCCACCCCAUGCAAUCCAUCAACUCACAUGGCCCUCCUGCCUGAAAAUAAGUGGCAGAACAGCUCUUGCGGAAAAAUGAUGGCUCAUUAGGUAUGCAAAUGAGGCACGUAGGUUUUACCAGGGGUCCAGUUUU